AUGGAAGUUCCUUUUGAAGAAGGGACGCAGUUGGUUCAUGCAAUUGAGCGGUCCCAGCAACGGAUUUUGGAUGCCUCAGCGGUGAGUGACGUGGAGACGGUACCACCGCCGACAACUACUGCAAAUGCAAAUGCAACUGCUGCUGUUGCUGUUGCUCUUAAGGGUUUAGCCACCACAUCUGCGCAUGUGCCGCUGCCACUCUUUGGUUUGGAUGAUGAGGGUCGAAGUGGCAAAACGCCAUUGAAUAAUGAAAGCGGUCCGGGAACGAGCAGUAGUGGAAGCCAUAGCAGCAGCAGCAAUGUUCCUGUUGCGAGUUUGCGAGCCGGUACCGCUGGUACUCCUACCGUCACCCCGGCUGCGGACUCCCGUGCGGAAUCUCAAAGUAGGACAAAUCUCUUUGUGAGCAAUAUUCCCCAUUUGUUAGGGAAAAAUGAGUUGGUAGAUUUAUUUUCGCCAUAUGGAGAAAUUCUUUCUGCGGCUGUAAUGCGAAAUAUUCAUACGGGUGACAGUCUCGGAACGGCUUUUGUGCGUUUCGCCACAACAGAACAGGCACAGGCGGCGAUGGAGGCUCUAACGGGUUAUGUGCUGGAGGGCCGCUCGAUGGUUGUUCAAUGGGCGAAGAGGCAACACGACGACACUCCCGUAGGCGAGGCCCGAAAGAAAAUUGUGAAGUUAUUCGUACGUAACAUUCCUUUGGAUGUCAGUGACGCCGAUCUAACUGAAGUGUUCAGCGCGUUUGGUCCAGUGAAGGGCGUGUCAAUACAUAAAGACACCACGCCAAACGCCGGUCGCCACUUGGAACGUCGCAUCGCCUUCAUUACGUUCCACACCGACGGAGUCGCUGAGAGGGCAGCUGAGGCCAUCCACAACACUCGUCCCUUUCACAGUUGUGGAAAAAUUCCCCUUAUGGUGAAGCUUGCGGAGGAUAACCCCAGACAUGGACGCAGUCACAACGCACAAAGUGGCCGCAGCGCUUGGGGACGGAAUGGCAACACAAAUCAAAACAACGAUGGCAGCGUCAGUCGCAGUAGUCCAAGUGGCAGCGUUAGAAGUAACAAGUCAUUAGGGAUAUCGGGCCAUGGUUCCGCGAGAGGGGAUAUUCGUGGACUCGGUAUUGACACACCAGGUGGCCUUCCGGGACUUUUUUCGCUCGGAACCGAUGCUUGCGGUUUCCCGGGAGGCGCUUUUGCCGUCUUUCCGACUAUGAUCCCACAGGGCGGUGUUUUUGUGCCUCAACCCGUUCUAAACGUUGGCGUAGGCGUAAAUGGUCAGGCAAUGGCACUGAGGACUCCAAUGUUUUGGCAUCAGGCCGGCUCCACCAUUCCGGUUGGUGUUAUGGGCCAAAGUCAAUCCGCAAAUAUGGGAGCCACAGGCGGCAAUUGUUCACAUCAGGGGUUUGCAUCCGUUUCUGAGGGUUCAUCAUCCGAGCAGCAGCGUGUGGACAUCUUUUCGUCCUUUGCACAACCGCCGCCAUUCCCCACAGAUCCGUUAGCGGGUCUUGUAGAUUCCACGGGGUUUUCGUUUACGGCUCCUCCUCCUCCUCCUCCUGCUCCUGCUCCUCUUUCUUCUUCUGCAGUGGAGGUCGGCCCGGUUGUAAAAGAUGAUGUGGAGCCAACGAUGUGUCCGCAUCCGAGCAGUAGUGAUGUGUAUGACGCCGAUUCAUCAUUAUCGCUUGAUUUUCUGGAGAAUUUGGGCGCGGCGGAGUUGUGCCACGUGACGACUCCGUCUGGUGAUGAGGACCACCGCCUGCAUGCCCCCGGCUCAUUUGUGCCGUUUUUGUAA